AUGGCAUUGAAACUAAACAGCUCAGAUAAGAGAUGUCUACUAAAGUAUGCGAUCAGGAUUAUGGUACAGCUUCCGAGCACAGACUCCACAAUUUGUACUAAUCUGAAAGACAAGAGAAAGAAAGUGGGUAAAUUUUAUUGGGUAACUUUAUGGACAGGCUGUUUGAAGGCUUUAAUUAUUGUUCCUGAUGACCAGUUGCAUGUUAAAGAUAUUGCCUUGGUUUCCUCUCUUGAAUUAUUAUUUUAUAAUAAGUAUUUUAUGACAUUUGGUGCAGAUAGUAUACUUCUUUCCUUAUUAUAUUUUGGGGGGUUGUUGUUGUACAAUAAUGAUAUAUCACGUUUCAAUAUAAAUUAUAACUGUUAUGUCGGUUCAGAAUCAAUAUAG